UCCGGAAGCUAACUAACGCAUAAACUACACUCGCAAUUAAAAAAUUAACACGUUUGUGCUAGCUUUAAUAUAUUGUGUUACUACAACAGUCCUCGUUUGGUUCCUAACGGGACGUUGAGGAUUAUACCAAAGAAGAAGAAGUGUAAAUUAGUCUACUCGAGACUGGUGUUGCCCAUAUUUUGUAAGCGCGCGCUGCACUGAAGGGAUGGAGCUGGAGUGAUGGAAAUGCAGGCUAUUCUUCAGUUAAAGCGCGAAUCAAAUUGCAGCAGAGACAGGGACGGGCCGAGGCCGAGUAGGAAUGAACUUACAUGUACACGUAACGCAGGUAAUCUCCGACAGUACCCAAGGCCAGGCUAGACUAACGUUACACUUCAGGUUUGACCACGGCCACGCCCUUGGAAUUUUUCAUCGGAAUUGCUGGGUGUUCCUAAUCCUAGUUCUAGAGGUUGCUGCCCUAUUCCUGUGCCAGUAUAAAGGCAAUCACUGUAAUCACCGCCGAUAAUACCAAACAACAACAACAUUUGAUCAAAGUCAAACUGAAUUUAAAGGAUGACAGAUCAAUUUUUGAAGUUUUAAUACAUUAAUUAUGGUUUAUAAAUUUCAAAUUCAAACCUGUUCAUUCCACUUUCUAGAAAAUGAUUGAAUCAAAGUCAAAAUUGUGUGCCUUACUUAUUGGCAUCAGCAAACUUCUCUCGAGGGAGAAUGUGCAACAACUUGUCUUCGUGACGAUGGAACUCAUUGAAAAUAGGCAACUUUCAGAAAAGUGUGAGGAGUCAGGAAACGCCCUCCCGCUUUUCCAAGCAAUGAGGGAUAGGGAUCUUUACACUCACACUAACCCAUCUUUACUACUUGAACAUCUGAAAACCAUAGGCAGGCAGGAUGCUGUGAUGAUGCUGCAGCAAGAAAUGGGUGUUCCAUCACAAAAGAAUCACUCUGCUGACCAAGUGCAGGGAGCAAUGUGGUCUCCAGCCCCCGUGGCAUGUCACGCUCAACUGAAUGGUGACUUCAAAGAUGGUGCAUGUAAUGUAGACACCGACAUGGUUCCUUUCAAUCAAGGAUGUACUGGUGGCACUAAAGAACCAGAGGCAUCUCUACAAGGAGAUGCGACCUCUCCGAGCAACUUUCCAGACAUUCCUGACAGGCAUCAUCCAGGCUCCAAAGGAGACACCAGAAGCUCAUCAGCAACAUGUUUUAGAUUGCAGGGUUCAGAGAGGGAGCUCACAGCUGUGACAUCUGCAGGAAACUGCCCAGCUGUUCCUGAACGGCCUGUUCGAGACGGCAACAAAGGCAGAAUAGGCUCAUUGGCCACUGUCUCUUCCUCCGCUGGAUCAGUGACACCACAAACAGCUGCACUGGCAUCUUCAAGAAACCAUCCUGUCAUGCCCGAAAUGUUUCCUAGAGAAGGCAACGGAGAUACCAAAGGCUCAUCGGAACAUGGCCUUAGCUCUCCAGCCAGGCCAGACAGGACACAUGCAACUGUAACAUAUAUUCCAGCAAGGCCUCCUCGUGGCGGCUAUGAAAACCUCCCAAUCCAAGAGUCACGCAAGAUCUUCACACCUGCAGUACUGCCGCAGACUGCUAGACCAGAUGAAACUCAUACAAUCCAUGUGCAGCAGCAUUAUCCUGUAGGACUACACAGACCAUUAGGCCUAGGCCAGGGGAUUGACAUGAUGUAUCAGCCUAGCUUUGAAGUCGAGCAGCCUCGGGGAAGGCCACCCCCACUGCCAGAACGUCCUCCACGAAGGCCUGAGAUAACGGAGUUAGAGCUCUGUCAACUGUCCAGGCACUUUAAUGCUGGAGUCAUCGAACUCUUCGGCCUUGAACUAGGGUACAGCUCUCAAAGAAUCUCCCAGCUGAUGUACGAUAGUCCACACGAUGUAUCCAAGGUGUUCUACCGUCUUAUGGUGGAGUGGCGAAGUGCGCAGCACGGCGAUUCUAACAUGAGGGAGAACCUGGCCAAUCACUUACGCAAUAUCCAGUGUAUGGAACUAGCUCAUGACCUGGAAGGAGGUCGAUUCAGAUGAUAGCAGGAGAAAGAGGAGUAAAAAUCAGAUUCCAACAGUUUUGAAGCAAAAGAGAUGAUAUGGAGGCAUGGUGAAGCUCAGAGUGAGAUCUAUACCCAGUGUGUGGGAUAUAGCUGGUGACCUUUUCUGGUUAUGUUCUGAUCCUGGUCCUGAUCCUCAAGAGGGAUAUAUCGAUGACCAAUAAGAACGUUAUAGUUCAAGAGAGAGUGUUUGUUGCAUCUAAAGCAUUUUGGAAUUGAGUCCCAUCACCGUAUUGCAGUUUUUGGGAGGGACUAAGCUUAUAAUACCCCUUUGGAUUGAUUCCCAGAGUCUGAUUUUGAAGGUUUCAACUGAGUUGCAGGCAACGA